UGGGACUGGGAGACCCCACGAGCGGCCUCCCCUUCUGCCAUUUUUCUACUUGCUUCGGUCCCCCACCUCUCUCUCUCUCUCUCUCUCUACUGCUACUGCAAAUUAAGCUCUGAAUUCAUGAGGUUGUGAACCGAAGAAAGAAAGAAAGACAGCAUUCAAUCAGAAGCCCAAGGAAUUGCCCCCACAAAAGCCUCCUAAACGCUCUCUCUUUCUCUCUCUCUCUCUCUCUCUCUCUCUCAUAGGAACCGGCGGCGGGUGGGGGCGGGAGGGCGGGGAGGAUGGGGCUGACGAUGAGUUAUCAGAAGAGAAGUAGGAAAAAGGGAACCCAGUAGGAUCAGCUUUGAUUUGAACCAACGGAUACUACUACAAAAAAAUUCCAGCCCAAUUGAGCCCCACAAAAGUAAUCCCCCACAUGGAGCUUAAUAAACAACCCAAGUCCACCUCCUCCGCCACCGCCACUUCACAGCCGCACCUCCUCCGCCACCAGCCUCCCGCCUCCACUUCCUCUUCUUCUUCGCCGCGUGUGCUCCUUUUUGAGGGCCGUUCUCAUCAAGCCCAUUUGACGCGCCCUGCUGGCGGCGGCGGUGGAGGAGCAAGUGGGUCAGCUGCGGCCUCGCCGUCUACGUCCUCCACUAGCGCUUCGACCGCUUCCGCCACGCCGCCCCACCUCGUCGACGCAUCUCUCGCCAUCGCCACCAGAUCGGAAUCCACCGACCCGACCAAGAAAAACAACCAACAGCUGGCAAUUGCGACCAAUCCGCCGAAGCGGUCGACGAAGGACCGACACACCAAAGUCGACGGCAGAGGGCGGCGAAUCCGAAUGCCGGCCACUUGCGCGGCUAGGGUUUUCCAGUUAACCAGAGAAUUGGGGCACAAGUCAGACGGCGAGACAAUUGAAUGGCUGCUACAGCAGGCGGAGCCAGCGAUUAUCGCCACCACCGGCACCGGCACCAUCCCGGCGAACUACUCGUCACUCAGCAUAUCCCUCCGGAGCAGCGGAUCCACCAUUUCGGCGCCGCCGUCCAAGUCGGCGCCACUCUCUUUCCACAGCGCCUUAGGGUUUCACGACGAAAGCUUCACUCACAUGUUAGGGUUUCAGCAUCAGCAGCCGCAUCUUCUGACAGCCGAUCAAAUCGCCGAAGCCAUGCCCGCCGUCGCCGGCGGAGACAAUUCGGAGGAGAAUUACGUGAGGAAGAGAUUCAGAGAAGAUUUGUUCAAAGACGAAACCCAGCCUCCUCGAGGCGAACCGAAUUCGCCUUCAAACAAGCAAUUCAAGAGCGGAAACGACAAUAUCCCGCCACUGCCGAAGCAACAAGAAGCUGGACCAUCGUCGAGUACGCACCGGAGUAUGAUGCCGGCGGCGGCUAUGUGGGCGGUGGCACCGGGACCUAGCGGCGGCGGCGCCGGCAGCACAUUCUGGAUGUUGCCGGCCCCAGAAUCCCAGAUGUGGCCUUUUGCCACCGCACCAUCACCAAGCGGAACCACAGUUCAGGCGCCAUUGCAGUUCAUGCCGAGGUUUAACAUUCCACCUGGAAACCUUGAAUUUCAAGGGGGAAGAGCCAUGUUAAUGCAGCAACAGCAGCCAUCUCAGCAUCUUGGAUUAGGAAUUUCAGACACUAAUUUGGGCAUGUUGGCUGCUCUAAAUGCCUUCUCGAGAUCAUCUGGCUUGAAUCAUCCAUUAGAGCAUCAUCAAGAACAACAACAACACCACCACCACCACCACCAGCCUCAAGCUACUGAUCAUGGUACUGGAGAUGAAGAUCCAACUAGCUCUCAGUGACCAAAAGUUGAUUAUGAACCUCAACUUAUGAUCAGUUGAUCGAUUUAUUUCGUGGCUAAUCAACACACACACACACACACACACACACACAUAUAUAUAUAUAUAGAGAGAGAGAGAGAGAGAGAGAGAGAUGGGAGGCAUAUAGCUCUGGUUCUAGUUAAUUUUCUUGUUCAUUCUUUCUCUUCUCUUUGCUUGUGGAUUAAAUCUCUAGUUUGUUGUGGAGAAUUUGAGUUGUAAUCUGUCAGCUUGGUGUGGUCCAAAGGGACUUAGAAGUGGAGAUAUAUACAUAUAGAGAGAGAGAGAGAGAUUAUAGGAGGAUGAUAUACAUUGAUUUGAGUUCUAGUACUGUAAAUUUGCUGCUUUUAUCCACAUUAGAAAAUGAUAGCCAGCAAAACAAAACAAAA